UCGGCGGGGCGCCGCCCGGCCAUGACCCUGCGGCGGCUGCGGCGGCUCCGCGCGAAGGAGGAGGAUGCGGCGGCGGCUCCGGAGCGCCCCGGGCCCGCCGAGCUGUACCGGGCACUGGCGGCCGCCGGCGGGACCCUGCCCCGGGUGCGCACGGGUGAGGGGCUCCAGUGGGUGUCCCCGAGCGAGUCCCCCCAAGAGCACAGGAGGGUGGUGACACUGCAGAAGGCGGCGGAGGAGACCUUUGGCUUUGAGAUCCAGACCUAUGGGCUCCACCACCCCGACAGGAACCGCGUGGAGCUGUUGACCUUCGUGUGCCGCGUCCACGGCGGGAGCGCGGCCGAGGCGGCGGGGCUGCAGCCGGGGGAUGCCAUCACGGGGGUCAAUGGGCUCAACGUGGAGGGGGUUCGGCACCGGGAGAUUGUGGAGAUCAUCAAGAGCUCAGGGAAUGCUCUACGCCUUGACACCCUCUACGGGACGUCCAUCCGGAGGGCUGAGCUGGAGGCCAGGCUGCAGUACCUGAAGCAAACGCUCUAUGAGAAGUGGGGCGAGUACCGCUCGCUGCUGGUGCAGGAGCAGCGCUUGGUGCGAGGUGUAGUGGCCAAGGACCCCAACAUCUACGCCACGCUGGAGUCGGUGCGCUGGUGCCUGCAGGCUGCGGGGGGGCUCCGCGGCGGCUCCCCCCACGGCAGCGCCUGCGGCAGCGACGAAUCGCUCUACCAAACGUGUCUCUUCACCUCCGACGAUGGGGAUGCGGACAAGGAUGCAGAUACAGCGAAGGAUGCGGACACUGGGGGUCCCGUCCCCCCCCCGCCGCGGCCCCGGCCGGCACUGAUGCGCAGCACCAGCCUCAAGCUGGGGGGCGCGGGGCGGCCGGGGGGGGCACGCCCCGGGGACCCCCCUGAAGGUGGAGGGGGGGCAGUGGCAGCUGCACCCCGAAAAUGCCGUCAGAGCAGCUUCCGCCGGCGGCUGCUGAAGUUCAUCCCAGGCUUGAACCGAGCGCUGGAGGAGGAGGAGAGUCAGCUCUGACCGGGGGGGGGGGACACUGCGCCCCCCACUAUUUAUUUAUUUAUUGCAAAAGAUUGUGGGGAUCCCACUCCCCAAACCACCCCCCCCGGGGGGCACUGGAAGGAGCUCGAGGUCCGGCCUGGGGGUCCCAAUUUUGCCCCCACCACCACCACCCAUGGAGGGGUCAUGGACACGGGGCUCCCAGUACUU